UUCUCAUCCCACCCUGCUGCCACCCUCCUGGGGAUGCUUUUAAAUAGAGGUGCUGGGGGAGCUGCUUCUUGUUGCGUGGUGGUGGCUGGUCCAGGCUGGGCUCUGCUCUGGGAGUGUGGGGUCUGUGGGAAGCCCUACGGCUGAACUAGAGCUCCCAAGUGAAUUUAAGGCUUUGCUGAACCUGAGCACUCUGCAAAGGAGGAGGGAACGUCACAGGACUCUGGAGAUAACUGAAACAGGGAAAAGGUUAAAAGGUCCCUGAAAAAUCACCCUGAAACUGGGAAGACCUACGAUGUGAAAGGAUUCAAAGAUCCUCUGGGGAACGUUGAAGCAGCAUUCUGCAAGGCGAAGUGAUGCAUGAGCUCUAUAUUUUGGUGCGAUCCAUCCCGACCCCGCAACUGAAGCCCCCGGAGGGAGAAGUGCUGCGCGCUGUGAUGCGUCUUCCUCUCGCUUCGGCUGCCAGUUUGGAUUGUAGCGCCCGGCUCCGUGCACUGCGAGGAUGGCUCGGUUCGGGGAUGAUCUGCCAACACGCUAUGGAGGUGGAGGGCCAGCCGGGGCUGGAAGAGGGAGCAGCCGGCAAGGUGGCCCCCAGGCCGGCCAGAGGAUGUAUAAGCAGUCGAUGGCUCAGAGAGCCAGGACUAUGGCUCUCUACAACCCCAUCCCUGUCAAACAGAACUGCUUCACAGUCAACAGAUCCCUCUUCAUCUUCAGUGAAGAUAAUGUUAUACGGAAAUACGCCAAGCGAAUAACAGAAUGGCCUCCAUUUGAAUACAUGAUUUUAGCUACAAUCAUAGCCAAUUGUAUUGUGCUGGCUCUGGAGCAACAUUUGCCGGAUGGAGACAAGACACCUAUGUCAGAGAGAUUGGAUGACACUGAGCCGUACUUUAUUGGAAUAUUUUGUUUUGAAGCUGGUAUAAAGAUCAUCGCUCUGGGGUUUGUUUUUCACAAAGGCUCUUAUCUCAGAAAUGGCUGGAACGUGAUGGAUUUUGUUGUGGUCCUCACAGGGAUUCUGGCAACUGCUGGGACUGACUUUGACCUGCGGACCCUGCGAGCUGUCCGAGUGCUGCGGCCCCUGAAGCUGGUGUCAGGAAUCCCAAGUUUGCAGGUUGUCCUCAAGUCCAUCAUGAAGGCGAUGGUGCCCCUGCUUCAGAUCGGGCUGCUCCUCUUCUUCGCCAUCGUGAUGUUUGCCAUCAUCGGGCUGGAGUUCUACAUGGGGAAGUUUCACAAAACCUGCUUCUCCAACGAGACAGGCGACGAGGUGGGAGAUUUUCCUUGCGGAGAGGAGCCCCCUGCCAGGCAGUGUGAGGUUGGGACGACCUGCAGGGAGUACUGGCAAGGGCCCAACUACGGCAUCACCAACUUCGACAACAUCCUCUUUGCUGUGCUCACCGUCUUCCAGUGCAUCACCAUGGAGGGAUGGACCGACAUCCUCUACAACACAAAUGAUGCUGCAGGAAAUACCUGGAACUGGCUUUACUUCAUCCCUCUCAUCAUCAUUGGCUCUUUCUUCAUGCUCAACUUGGUGCUGGGCGUCCUGUCAGGUGAAUUUGCCAAAGAACGAGAGAGGGUAGAAAAUCGCCGAGCUUUCCUGAAACUCCGUAGGCAGCAGCAAAUAGAACGGGAGCUAAAUGGAUACCUGGAGUGGAUCUUCAAAGCAGAGGAGGUCAUGCUGGCUGAGGAAGACAAGAACGCAGAAGAGAAAUCUCCUCUGGACGGGAGGGCCGCCUCGGAAGGGCCGAUUCAACAAGGCACGGCACCGGCAGAGACUAGCAGCGGCAGCAGCUACAACAUGUUGAAAAGAGCUGCAAUAAAGAAGAGCAAAAAUGACCUGAUUCAUGCUGAAGAAGGGUCUCCUUUUGCCCGUGCCAGUCUGAAGAGUGGGAAGAACGAGAGCUCGUCCUACUUCCGGAGGAAAGAGAAAAUGUUUCGGUUCUUCAUCCGGCGCAUGGUGAAAGCUCAGAGCUUCUACUGGAUCGUGCUCUGCGUGGUCGCCCUCAACACGCUCUGCGUGGCAAUGGUGCACUACGACCAGCCGGAGAAGCUCACCACUGCGCUGUAUUUCGCAGAGUUUGUUUUUCUGGGUCUGUUCCUUACUGAGAUGUCUUUGAAGAUGUAUGGACUGGGGCCAAGAAAUUACUUCCACUCUUCAUUCAACUGCUUUGACUUUGGGGUCAUUGUGGGAAGUAUCUUUGAAGUUAUUUGGGCUGCGGUGAAGCCUGGUACCUCAUUUGGCAUCAGCGUACUGAGAGCUCUUCGACUGCUGAGGAUUUUCAAAGUCACAAAAUACUGGAAUUCCCUGAGGAAUCUCGUGGUCUCCUUGCUGAACUCCAUGAAGUCCAUCAUCAGUUUGCUCUUUCUGCUGUUCCUCUUCAUCGUGGUGUUUGCUCUGCUGGGGAUGCAGCUCUUUGGAGGACAAUUCAAUUUUCAAGACGAAACACCAACCACAAAUUUUGAUACCUUCCCAGCUGCCAUCCUCACGGUAUUCCAGAUCCUGACGGGGGAAGACUGGAACGCGGUGAUGUACCACGGCAUAGAGUCACAGGGUGGUGUCCACUCGGGGAUGUUCUCCUCCAUUUACUUCAUCGUCCUGACGUUGUUUGGUAACUAUACGCUCCUGAACGUCUUCUUGGCUAUCGCCGUGGACAAUCUGGCAAAUGCCCAAGAGCUGACCAAGGAUGAGGAGGAGAUGGAGGAAGCCACCAACCAAAAGCUCGCCCUGCAAAAGGCCAAGGAAGUAGCAGAAGUCAGCCCCAUGUCGGCAGCUAACAUUUCCAUAGCCGCUUUUGUAAAGCAAACUCGAGGUACUGUAUCUCGCAGCUCGUCAGUCUCCAGCGUAAAUUCACCCAAGCAGCAGAACUCCUCCAAAUCCAAGUCAGUGUGGGAGCAGAGGACCAGCCAGAUCCGGAUGCACAAUUUCCGAGCCAGCUGCGAGGCGCUGUACAACGAGCUGGAUCCUGAGGAGCGGGUGCGUUACGCCACCACCCUCCACAUCCGUCCCGACAUGAAGACGCAUUUGGACCGGCCGCUGGUGGUGGAGCCGAGGGGCGAAGGGAGGAACAACAUCAGCAAGCUGAGCCCUGGGGACGUGCAGGAGGUGGAGCAGAGCAAGGGCAGCUCUGCCGAUGGAGCAGAAGCUCCACGAAAGCAUCACCGGCAUCGGGAUAAGGACAAACUGGGAGAGCAAGAGAAGUGCGAUGUGACCAAGGAGGAGAACGGGGAGUCCGGCACCAACAGUAAGGAGGAGAGGCACCGGCAGCACAGGAGCCGCAGCAAGGAGGUGGAAGGGUGCAGCAAGGAAGGGAAAAGUGACCGCACCAGGGGCCAGGAAGGGGGAAAGAGGCACCACCGCCGAGGGUCGGUGGAGGAAGGUGCUGAGAAGGAGCACCGUAGGCAUCGGACUCACCGGCACUCUGCUGAAAGGCAGGGCAAGGAAGGCAACGGGACGAUCAACGGGGCCCGGGGCGAGCGGCGUUCCCGACACCGGGGAGGGUCGAGGUCUGGGAACCGGGAAGGAGAGCCCUGUUCCAAGGGCGAGAACGGAGAAGAGCCUCACAGACGGCACAGGUUCAGGAACAGGGCGCUGUCGACGUACGAUUCGGUGGAGAAGGAGAAUGGGGAGAAGGAGGGGGAGGCUGGAGAGAAGGAGCACCGGAAUCAUCAGCCCAAGGAGAACCAGUGUGAGAUCGAGGCUAGCGGAAGCGUGAGCGUCCCCGUGCACACCCUUCCCAGCACCUACCUGCAGAAAGUGCCCGAGCAGCCAGAAGAUGCCGACAACCAGAAGAACGUGACGCGCAUGAUUCAGCCACCUCUGGACAAAACCACCACUGUGAACAUCCCCGUGACCAUCACUGCCCCGCCGGGAGAAACCACUGUCAUACCAAUGAACAACGUUGAGUUUGAAAGUAAAACAGAGGAGAAGAAGGACGUUGAUGACUUGACAAAAAACGGGCCUAAACCAAUCUUGCCUUACAGUUCCAUGUUCAUCCUAAGUCCUACAAACCCGAUUCGGCGUCUGUUCCACUACAUUGUCAACCUGCGCUACUUUGAGAUGGUCAUCCUCAUAGUGAUAGCCCUCAGCAGCAUUGCCCUGGCUGCAGAAGACCCUGUCCAAGCUGAGUCACCGAGGAAUGAUGCUCUGAAAUACUUGGAUUAUAUAUUUACGGGUGUCUUUACCUUCGAGAUGGUGAUCAAGAUGAUUGACUUGGGGCUGUUACUGCACCCAGGCUCCUAUUUCCGUGACCUGUGGAAUAUCCUGGACUUCAUUGUGGUCAGUGGGGCCUUGGUGGCAUUUGCCUUCUCGAGUUUCAUGGGAGGAACCAAAGGAAAGGACAUCAACACAAUCAAGUCGCUGCGAGUUCUGCGGGUCCUAAGACCACUGAAGACCAUUAAACGGCUGCCAAAACUAAAGGCCGUCUUUGACUGCGUGGUGAAUUCCCUGAAGAAUGUCCUCAACAUCCUCAUAGUCUACAUGCUCUUCAUGUUCAUUUUUGCCGUCAUUGCUGUGCAGCUCUUCAAAGGCAGAUUCUUCUACUGCACUGAUGAGUCGAAGGAGCUGGAGAAGGACUGCAGGGGUCAGUACCUUGACUAUGAAAAAAAUGAGGUGGAGGCACAGCCCAGGGAAUGGAAAAAGUACGAGUUCCACUACGACAACGUGCUGUGGGCUCUGCUGACGCUUUUCACCGUCUCCACGGGAGAAGGGUGGCCAACUGUAUUGAAGCAUUCAGUGGAUGCUACCUACGAGGAACAGGGUCCCAGCCCUGGCUACCGAAUGGAAAUGUCUAUCUUUUACGUGGUGUAUUUUGUUGUCUUCCCUUUUUUCUUUGUGAACAUCUUUGUGGCGUUAAUCAUCAUCACCUUCCAAGAGCAAGGAGAUAAAGUGAUGUCAGAAUGCAGCCUAGAGAAAAACGAGAGGGCCUGCAUAGACUUCGCCAUAAGUGCCAAGCCGCUGACCCGCUACAUGCCUCAGAACAAGCAAUCUUUUCAGUACAAGAUGUGGAAAUUUGUGGUGUCCCCUCCCUUUGAGUACUUUAUCAUGGUCAUGAUUGCUCUCAAUACUAUUGUUCUCAUGAUGAAGUUCUAUGAUGCUCCAGAAGCAUAUGAAGAAAUGUUGAAAUGCCUGAAUAUUGUGUUUACGUCCAUGUUUUCAAUGGAAUGUGUGCUGAAGAUCAUUGCCUUUGGUGUGCUGAAUUAUUUCCGAGAUGCCUGGAAUGUCUUUGAUUUUGUAACAGUGUUGGGAAGUAUUACUGAUAUUUUAGUAACAGAGAUUGCGGACACGGACAACUUCAUCAACCUCAGCUUCCUGCGGCUCUUCAGGGCAGCCAGACUUAUCAAGCUCCUCCGCCAGGGUUACACUAUCCGCAUCUUGCUCUGGACGUUUGUGCAGUCCUUUAAGGCCUUGCCUUAUGUGUGUCUCCUCAUUGCAAUGCUCUUCUUCAUCUAUGCCAUUAUUGGCAUGCAGGUAUUUGGAAACAUUGCGCUGGAUGACGAGACCUCCAUCAAUCGGCACAAUAAUUUCCGUACCUUCCUGCAAGCCUUGAUGCUUCUGUUUAGGAGCGCCACGGGGGAGGCCUGGCACGAGAUCAUGCUGUCGUGCCUGAGCAACCGGGCCUGCGACCCGCUCUCCGGCCUCACCAAGAACGAGUGCGGCAGCGACUUUGCCUACUUCUACUUCGUGUCCUUCAUCUUCCUCUGCUCCUUCCUGAUGUUGAACCUCUUUGUGGCUGUGAUUAUGGACAACUUUGAAUACCUGACAAGAGACUCCUCCAUCCUUGGGCCCCAUCAUUUGGAUGAGUUUGUUCGUGUCUGGGCUGAAUAUGACCCAGCUGCCUGCGGGCGCAUCAGUUACACAGACAUGUAUGAGAUGCUGAGACACAUGUCCCCACCUCUAGGCCUUGGAAAGAAAUGCCCUGCUCGCGUUGCCUAUAAGCGCCUGGUGCGGAUGAACAUGCCCAUCUCGCCCGAGGACCUGACGGUCCACUUCACGUCCACGCUGAUGGCCCUGAUCCGCACCGCCCUGGAAAUCAAACUCGCCACAGGGGGUGUCAAGCAGCACCAGUGUGAUGCUGAGCUGAGAAAGGAGAUCUCACUGGUUUGGCCCAAUCUGUCCCAGAAGACGCUGGACUUGCUGGUGCCUCCUCACAAACCCGAUGAGAUGACUGUGGGGAAGGUCUACGCAGCGCUCAUGAUAUUCGACUUCUACAAACAGAACAAGAACAGCAGGGAACAAGUCCACCAGCCUCCGGGGGGCCUGUGCCAGCCUGGCCCGGUGUCGCUCUUCCACCCCCUGAAGGCCACCCUGGAGCAGACCCAGCCCGCAGCGUUCAGCAACGCAAAGGCGUUCCUCCGCCAGAAAAGCUCGGCAUCGCUCAACAACGGGGGCACACUGCCACCCCCAGAGGGUGGAAUCAAAGAGUCCAGCUCCUGGGGGACCCAGCGCACCCAGGACGUGUUUUAUGAAACCAGGACACCAGCUUUUGAACGAGGCCACUCAGAAGAAAUCCCUAUUGAGCGGGUGGUGGAAAUGAGGGAAAUCAGCCCCACUCUCACCAACGGAGAGCACCAGCCGGGUCUGGAGAGCCAGGGGCGGGCGGCUUCCAUGCCGCGCCUGGCUGCCGAAACUCAGAGGAGCAAAGCACGGUCACCUGGGAGUUACCUAGCACCCAUCCCGGACACGAGCCCCAUGAAGCGCUCCAUCUCCACGCUGACCCCGCAGCGCCCGCACGCCAUGCACCUCUACGAGUACUCCCUGGAGCGCAUGCCGACCGACCAGGUGCACCACCACCACCACCACCGCUGCCACCGGCGGAAAGAGAAGAAGCAGAAGUCCUUGGACAGGUCCCCGCACCAGCUGGCCGAUGGGGAAGCCGUGGCCCAGCAUGGUGAGUCUUCUUCCAAGGACAAGAAGCAUGAGCGCGGCCGGUCCCAAGAGAGGAAGCAGCACUCCUCCUCCUCCUCCGAAAAGCAGCGCUUCUACUCCUGCGACCGCUACGGCAGCCGGGACCGCUCCCAGCCCAAAUCUGCCGAUCAGAGCAGGCCCACCUCGCCCAACGGGGGGCCCGAGCAAGGCCCGCACAGACAGGGCAGUGGUUCGGUUAACGGGAGCCCCUUGCUGUCGACAUCUGGUGCUAGUACCCCCUGCCGGGGUCGGAGGCAGCUCCCGCAGACCCCCCUGACCCCACGCCCCAGCAUCACUUACAAGACCGCCAACUCCUCGCCCGUCCACUUCACCACCUCCCCGGGCGGCCUGCCCCCUUUCUCCCCGGGACGCCUGAGCCGCGGUCUGUCCGAGCACAACGCGCUGCUGCGGGGGGACCAGCAGCCGCCCCCGGCCGCGGUGGCCCGCAUCGGCUCCGACCCCUACCUGGGCCACCGCGACGCCGCCGACAGCCCCUGCGGCGCGGCGCCCGAGGACACGCUCACCUUCGAGGAGGCGGUGGCCACCAACUCGGGGCGUUCCUCCAGGACUUCUUACGUCUCCUCCUUGACCUCCCAGUCUCACCAAGCUCGCCGGGUGCCCAACGGCUACCACUACACGCUGGGGCUCAACACGGGCCCCGGCACCGGCGCCCGGGGACGGAGCUACUACCACGAAGCCGACGAGGACGACUGGUGCUAGCGGCACGGCGAAGCCCUCGGAGGCGUGCAAAGUCGAUGAGUUUUAUCAUCUGGAAGGCUGUGCGCUCAGACACGCGGUGCCUGGGGGCAGCCCCCGCCGCCAGAACUGCUCUGCCCCGCUCCGAGACCUCCGGAGACACUUGUGCAGCCUCUCUCCUGCCCUUCUUUGUUUUCUUAUUUUUUUUCUAUUUUCCUUUCUUUUUUUUUUUUUUUCCCCCACUAAAAUAUACCAAGGAAGAAGGCUCCCUCCUGGGGGGCAGUGCAUCUCUCCCCCCUUCUCGCCCACCUCCCUGCUGCCUUCAAAGACGUGCACCAGAUGCCAAACCCGCGAGGCACGCGAGGAGCCACGACGGCGGACGAGCAGGCCGUCCAUCCUUUUUGGGCUUGGCACCGUUUUGGUUGGGCUAUUUCUUUAUUUUUUUAUUUUAUUUUUCUCCCUGCCCCAGCCAGGGUGGGAGUCGGGGUUGCAAAAACGGACACCGGCGAACAAAGCUUGACCCCGCGUUUUAUCUCGUUCACCGCCGAGAGGGAAGAGAUCUACCUAAGGAACUGGGAGAGGAGGAAAAAAAAACAACCCGCAGAUCGGAACAAAGGACGGUCCGUUGGGACUUGAUGUUCAGCCGCAGCGCCCCUUCCCAGCCGAGCCAGGAACUCGCUGCUUUGCCCCCGCCGCUGCGUGGCCCCCUCACGCUCAUCGCCACUUCGGGUCCUUCCCACCCAGCCACCAGAAAGCCACCCGAGAGCCCCUUCGUCAGGACUGCUUCCUUGCUGCUGAGACUUUUCUUCCCGUCCCUCUCUCCUGUCGACUGCAACACGCCCUCACUGUUUUGUCUUGUUUACAAUAUAAGCUUGAUUUAGCAAAAAAAAAAAAAAAAAAAAGAAAAAAGAAAAAAAAAGAAAACCUGAAAAACAGGAAAAAAAAAAAAGGAAAAAGUGUAGGGGUGAGAAGAAGAAAUGUUAUUGGUUUUAUAUCAAGCUAUUAGAUAGAACUUUAACUUUUCAUUGUGUGCAUUUUUGUAAAUUGUACAGUAAAAAAAAAAAAAAAAGAAAAAGAAAGAAAAAAAUUACUCUUUAUGUAGAGAAUCAGUCCAAUUGUCAUUCCAGGUCCCACCGUUUCUACCGAAUGCUCCAGUUGUUCACUACUAAGUGCCUAACCUUUGAAAUCUUUCACAGCGACGAUGCAAACCUCUCGCUUCGGACCUGGGGGAGCGCGGGGGGCAGGGGCAGCGCCCGGAGGAGCCGCUCGGCUCGGCUGCCCCCACACAGGGCUGGAAGCUGACAGUGGGGAAGGCAAACACACUUUGGGGUUGGUUUGGGUUUUGUUGGCCUUUAUUUUUAUUUUUAUUUAUUAUAAUUUAAUUGUUGGGAGCGGGAGGGGUGUAAGUGCAGCAGAAGCAGCUGGCCUUUGCUCGUUGACUGGUGUCCUGGUGGGAGAGGUGCAGGGGUGGCGGCGCAGCGUUUGCAGCGGUGCUCCUGCAGGAGGAGAAGCAUCUUUCGCACUGCAUGUCUAGUCGUAGUCGGGCUGCGAGAGCUGCGGCCGUGUCCCAUGGUGCGUCGUUUGUGUUGGGGGCAGAUGGAGAGAGUCUUGUUUUUAUUGCCUGUUCAAAAGAGAAAAAAAAAACAAAAACAAAAAAACAAAAUGAAAAAGCAAAACCUCUAACUCUGAUUCUCAGGGAUGAGAUUUCUGUGUUCUUGCAAUGACUUUUGUGUUGGACGAUUUCUUUAUUUUGUUGCACGUGUGGAUUUCUGCACUUUGAGCCUGGGGAAGAGGCAAAGAUGACAUGCCGGCAGGGAGGAAGCGCCACAAGCAAAGCCUGGGCAGGACACGGUGUCCGUGGCUUUGAUGAACUUCUGUAGGGCUAAUUUGGGGCACAGGGAGGCCAGAAGACGCAUGGUACGCUGGCAGAAAGUUAGAGGAGGAGGGGUGGGAGGUGCUGGUACAGCACUUUGCCCAAAAACAGUGAUAGGAAAGAGGAAAGGAUUGGAAGGAUGCAUUCUGUGGGAUGCUCUACCAAGCCCCAGAACUGUGAAACUUCUCAAGGCAAAGCGAUCGCUUAAACCAGGGGGAGAUCCCGGUGGGCCCUGGUGAUAGGUUUGGCCAAGAGGGGGGUUUCAGGGAAUGCUACCAAAAUGCUCAGGAGGUCGCUGAUGCUCUCGGCAAAGUCCUCCGGCCUCCCGCGGGGAGCAGUCUGCUGUAGGGUGGUUCUUCACAUCUCCUGUAGCUUUUCUGUUGAGAAAAUUCAACCUGUUGCGUUUUCGUUGCGUGCUUUUUGUUCCGUUACUAAAUGAUAAUCUCUGGCCGAUCUCAUCCCUGGAUUCUGCUAAAGGAUAACUCCUGUCUCUAUCUCUGUCUCUGUAUUUAUGUGCACUUUGAAUAAAGGAAGUGCGGUAGCCAGAGGUCCGCUAUGGGUAAUGGCUGUAAUUUGCAAUCGGAGGGCUAUGCAACAAGAUGACACGUAAGGAAACACAUCCACACCACUGACAGUCAGAAAGACCUUCAUCCAUUCUGUAGCUUUAUCUGCUGGAUCUUCCUGUUUCAGGCUUCAGCAUGAUUGUGACCAAAUGUUUUAUACAUUUUCCUUAUAUGAAGGCACAAACACUUUAUUUGAAAUUUUAAAGGAAACAUUACUAUUUCACUCCAAGGAGGGAGAGGGAGAACGCAAUCUCUCUGACAGUGCAUGCAAACAUUGUACCCACACCGGAAAGCGAAAGAGAUGUCUUUCUGUACCCAACAAUUUUGCCUUUUCUCCCCUCUGCCUUGCCCCUUCCCCCAUCGUUUUAGACCUCAGACCCCCCAGCCCCUCACUAAUCCCCCCCUGGAAGCGCACAGCCCAGCGAUGGCGUGGGAUCCCUUCAGUCCUCAUGCAGAACACGAAGAAGAAGCUCCAGUUGUCCAAUCCUCCACCCGCCUCGUAGGCGUUGCUUCAAACGCUGACGGUGACAGUCAAGCCUGACCACGGUUGUUCAUAUAACCCUUUUUCCUCUCUUUUUACAGCCUCUCUGCUGUCUCUUAAAUGCAUACAUCAUAUUUCCAAGAAUCCUCAUAGUGAGUUGCCAAACUUGAAUUGCACCGAUCAGUUUUUCUGCAUCCAGAACCAGUCUCGUAGUGGCUGUACUUUGAAUAAGUAAUGUUUGCAUGUAAAAUAUAUACAUAUAUACAUAUAUAUAAAAAGUAUGUGCAUGGAAAAUGUUUAUCUUCGUACUUUUUUGAUACAAUGUAUUCAUCAGUUGUUAAUUUUUAAUUAUAUUUGAUAUAAAUUGGGGGUUUGUUGCAAAACUUUAUAUUUAAAAAAACAGUGUUAAAAAUUACAAAAGUUCCAACCAUGCAACACAACUGGAACUUUGCCCAAAAAAAAAAAAGGAAAAAAAGAGAAAAAAAAGGUUCUGUGAUUGCCUAGUUUGCUGCCUGAGUAAUAUUUAUCAGCCAAACUUUGAAUUCUGCAGUUGUUUCUACAAUUACAUUUUGUAUGAAGCAAAGUCCUUGAAUUAAAAUAAAAACUUAGCAAAAAACCUUACAAAUUCAAA